GCGCGGGGCGGGCGGCGGCGACCAGCCGGAGGAGAAAGAACAUGGCGGGCGCAGCGGGGCCCGGGACCGGCCCGGGGGCGGCGGGCGGAGAUGGAGACGAUUCGCUGUACCCGAUCGCGGUUUUAAUCGACGAGCUCCGCAAUGAGGACGUGCAGCUCCGUCUCAACAGUAUUAAGAAGUUAUCAACAAUUGCUUUGGCGCUGGGAGUAGAAAGGACUCGAACUGAAUUGCUGCCAUUCCUCACAGAUACAAUUUAUGAUGAAGAUGAGGUACUGUUAGCCCUUGCUGAGCAGCUGGGAAAUUUUACAGGCCUGGUGGGAGGACCUGACUUUGCUCACUGUUUGCUGCCUCCUCUGGAAAGUCUUGCGACCGUGGAAGAGACUGUGGUUCGAGACAAGGCUGUGGAGUCCCUGAGGCAGAUCUCCCAGGAGCAUACUCCUGUUGCUCUGGAAGCUCAUUUUGUACCUCUGGUGAAACGCCUGGCGAGUGGUGAUUGGUUCACGUCUCGCACAUCUGCAUGCGGUUUGUUCAGCGUUUGCUACCCCAGGGCUUCAAAUGCUGUCAAAGCAGAAAUUAGACAGCACUUCCGUUCCUUGUGCUCAGAUGAUACGCCAAUGGUACGACGUGCUGCUGCUUCCAAAUUGGGUGAAUUUGCAAAAGUUCUGGAAUUAGACAGUGUGAAAAGCGAAAUUGUUCCAUUAUUCACUAAUCUAGCUUCAGAUGAACAGGAUUCGGUGCGCCUUCUAGCUGUGGAAGCUUGUGUCAGUAUUGCCCAGUUACUGUCUCAGGAUGACCUCGAAGCCUUGGUGAUGCCUACACUUCGACAAGCUGCCGAAGAUAAAUCCUGGCGAGUUCGUUAUAUGGUAGCUGAUAAAUUUUCAGAGCUCCAGAAAGCUGUGGGUCCUAAAAUCACCCUAAAUGACCUCAUCCCCGCCUUUCAGAACCUACUUAAAGACUGUGAAGCUGAAGUACGAGCAGCUGCUGCCCACAAAGUCAAAGAACUUUGUGAGAAUUUGCCUAUUGAAGGUAGAGAGACCAUAAUUAUGAAUCAAAUUCUGCCCUAUAUAAAGGAAUUAGUAUCUGACACAAAUCAACAUGUCAAAUCGGCUCUAGCUUCUGUAAUUAUGGGAUUGUCUACCAUUUUGGGUAAAGAGAAUACCAUUGAACAUCUUCUACCUCUUUUUUUAGCUCAGUUAAAGGAUGAGUGUCCUGAAGUGCGUUUGAAUAUCAUCUCCAAUUUGGAUUGUGUCAAUGAAGUGAUUGGAAUCCGUCAGCUUUCUCAGUCUCUCCUUCCUGCUAUUGUGGAGCUGGCUGAGGAUGCCAAGUGGAGGGUCCGGCUGGCCAUCAUCGAGUAUAUGCCACUGCUGGCAGGCCAGCUGGGUGUGGAAUUCUUUGAUGAAAAGCUGAAUUCUUUAUGUAUGGCCUGGCUUGUGGACCAUGUGUAUGCCAUCCGAGAAGCUGCCACCAACAACCUCAUGAAACUAGUUCAGAAAUUUGGCACAGAGUGGGCGCAGAAUACCAUUGUUCCCAAAGUGUUAGUGAUGGCAAAUGAUCCUAAUUACUUGCAUAGAAUGACCACUUUAUUCUGCAUUAAUGCACUGUCUGAAGCCUGCGGUCAGGAAAUCACCACCAAGCAGAUGCUGCCCAUUGUAUUGAAGAUGGCAGGAGACCAGGUAGCAAAUGUCCGUUUCAAUGUGGCCAAAUCUCUACAGAAAAUUGGACCAAUUCUAGACACCGAUGCUUUGCAGGAGGAAGUUAAGCCAGUACUACAGAAAUUGGGCCAGGACGAAGAUAUGGAUGUCAAAUACUUUGCACAGGAAGCUAUAAGUGUGCUUGCAUUGGCAUAAUGAGGAACAGGAGGGAGAAAAGACUUUACUAAAUUCUUAUCACAGAUUCUAGUAAAGUGUUCUUAAACUGGGUGGAGAAAAAAAUGGAAAACCUUCAAGACCUCAUCCAAGCAAAUGGCAGCAGCUUACAAGAAAUCAAAUUUCAGUGACUCAAUUCUCUCUAAAGAUGAAUGGGAUUGUGUUUUGCGCAUUUCCUUAUUGGGAUAAUUAUAUUUAAACCCUUUGUGUUGUUUUGACCAAUUCCUGAUACUUGGUACAAUCAUUUCUUCAUUGUCUCUAAUGAUUUAUUGGACCAUUUGGGCUCCUGCAUCCUCACUAUUGAAUCAGGCCUUGGCCACUUAACAUUUUCCACCAAAGCUGGGUGGGUUUAGACCCAGUAAUGCAGAGGAGUGAUGCUCUUGAUGUUUGCGUACACCCGUGUCUGUCUGCAUUAUUCCAAAGUUAAAAGUCCAUGAUUUAGAAUAACUUAUUUCAUAAACACUCCAUUUAGGAGACAUGGUGAGAUUUGACUGUAGUGAAAGCCACAUUUUCCUGGAUAGUGAUGGUUUUUCCAUCAGUAUCUCACAUGAAAGGGGAAUGUGGUUGCUCAGGGUUCAUGUAUUGGUUGUUUUUGUUGUUAUUUGCUUGAUUUUGACUGUAAUCAUGUCAUUCAGAAACCUGAAAUGCAGAUGUAUUUGCUGCUAACGUGUGAUGUUGAAUUUCAGCAUCUCACUCCUGUGGCUGCAUUCCCAUCUUCUCGCUCUCUCCUGCAAACUUGCAAUUUAGUGUUUCCUAAUAAGCAGUAUUUCUACCGUAUCAUUGUAAUAUUGUACUUUUGCAUUUCUAAUAAGCACAGGCACUGCCGGUAUCAUGUGAGGAUUUUCUGUUCUUUACCUAGUUCUGCUUCUAGGUGUGCACAUCUGGUCCUUGCUACAUUGUAUGGCAGUUGCUUUCCCAACAAGCUUCAUUUCUAAGUUGUUGGUGUGAGCAAUGCUGGAAUUUUAUCAUUUGAAAUGUUUGUUUUCUGCUUUUACAGUAAAACCUCAUUAAGUCCUCCCGGAAUUUAAAGAUAGAGUUAAGCUGAAGGGGUUGUUGAGCACAGUAGUAGUCUAAGGGAACCGAUUGUGUCUGAGCUAAACACUUUAAAAGCUCUGUUUAAAAAGCGCGCAAUUUUACUAGUUGACAUGCCAAUUCCUUAUUAAUCACUCUUUUCAAUUACAUUAAAAUAGUUUCAAGGGGAUCUUUCUUAAACAUGCAAUUUACUCUUCAUCCUUGAAAUAUAUAAUCACAAGUAUUUCAUGGAGAACUUAUUUUUCUUUUAAGUGUACUUACAUAUUCCACCUAAUUCAAACUCUCCUUGUUUCCCCUUAUGAAUAUUAAUUAAUGAGGUUUUAUUGUAGCCUAUUUUUCCUCAUAGUGCAUCUUACUGUGUAGGUUACUUGUUUGCAUUUUGGUUUUUGAAUUGUUUCUUUGGUUUACAACCUCUUUUGAAUCCGGUGAGCCCCCUGUUCUGUUUUAUGAAGGCCCAAAGAUUCCUAUCAAACUGUUCAUUAACCAUGACAUAAAACCAAAUUGGACCAAAUACUUUGAAGUUUGUCUUACCUUAGAGAAACAGGACAUCUUAAAUUGGAAAUUAUCUGCCUGCAGUUAAAACUGCCAAAUUUUACCUUUAAAUAGUUAGUUUCUAUUUUAUCAUUUUUUUGGCUAAGAAUCAAGCAAAAAAAAAAAAAAAUCAUUUUUUCAUCCUUAUUUUAAUAUCUUGACUAUGUGCUAUAAACAUUUUAAUAUUGAUUUCAUGUUUAUUUUUUAUGACCUGCAAGUCACGUUACUCUUCAUUUGAGUUUCAUAUUUGAGAUUGUCUUGAUUCUUGCACAACCAUUGCUUUACUCUUUGACUGGAAAUGCUGUUGGUUCUGGGAUAGGUGUCUGCCCUGGUGUUCCCUCCUGGGAGAGCCCUGUGCAUGUCCUUGCCACCCUGACUGUGGUAGAGGGGAGACAGCGAGCCCUUGCAUUCUCAGGCAUGGGUCAGGAAGCUGUCUUUUGGGGUGACUUCAUUUUUUUUUUUCCUGACUUAAACGUGAAGGGAAUCCCUUUUGUUACUUUUCAGAUUUGUUCUUCGGCUAAUAACUUGGUCAUUUCCCCCAUGGGUUAGUUUUCUUUAUUUCACUAGCUUGUAAGCUCUAGGAGCUCUGAAAGGUCAGGAAUUUUAAUUUUUUUGGUUUUGUCUUCUGCUGUAUCACCAGCUCCUUGAACAGUGACUGGUGUACUUAGUAGGUGCUCAAUAAAAAUGUGUUCAUGAAUUUCUAAAUCCUGUCUUCUGAUGUGUUGGGUACAUGAAAUGAGUCAUCAAAGGUACUGGGCUGAUUCAUCACCCUCCACUGACACAAUGAAAGGGUUUUACUGCUCUUAGGAAUGAACUUCACAUGACCCUUCUCUGCUCCCCUGUCUUAAGCAACAGUUGCAUCUGGAUUCAUAUGAUUGCCUUGAACAUAGCUGUAGUUUUUCAUUCUAGGAGGUUUACACCAGUUGUUGCGUCGAUUAGGAAAGCGAAGCAGAGAUAUACAUCCAACCUUAAUGCCAAUAAAAAUGUCUCUUCCACAGUGGAAUUCACUUCAGUAUUUCUUUCUACAAUGUGGUGAGCUUUACCCCUCACAAGUUCAAGACACCACAUCUUGUUUCUUUGCGGUACUAAGAAGCUGUGCACCUAUACAUGGAUCCUGUUUCAUAAGA